CUGCUCUGCCUGUCAGCCUCCCACCCGCCGGCCUGCAAGGAAAAAAAGAAUUUUGUCUGCCUCAGGCCCCCGCGCUAGGGCUGUGGCGCGGGGUCUCUCCCAUCCAACAAUUCCGCCACCUUUUUUUCCCGCCGUGCAAUCUCUUCAGGAUACCCCUCCAGAGAGGACUGACUCUACCACGACUUGGGCCACCGUAAACAACUCCCCUCCUUUUUUCUCCCCUUCCCCCCCCUCCCACUUCAGUCUCCAACUUCCGUCUCCCGGCCGAAUUCUUCGACGCAGCGCGACGACACGAUAUAAUCACACAAACGCACGCACAUUCGUCACAAUGGGUUUCACCGAUUUUCUCACUGAUGCUGGCCUUGGCCUCCUGAACAACUGGCUGGUCACCCGCUCCUACAUCACUGGCUACAACGCCAGCCAGGCCGACGUCGCCUGCUUCAAGGCCCUCAAGUCCGCCCCCGACGCCGACAAGUACCCCCACGCCGCCCGCUGGUACAAGCACAUCGCCACCUACGAGGAUGAGUUCAGCAGCCUGUCCGGCGAUGCCACCAAGCCCUACACCGUCUAUGGCCCCACCGAGGCCGAGGUCACCCUGAACCCCGCCAAGGCCCCUGCCACCGCCGCCGAUGACGACGACGACGUCGACCUGUUCGGCAGUGACGACGAGGAGGAGGAUGCCGAGGCCGUCCGUAUCCGCGAGGAGCGCCUGGCUGCUUACCGCGAGAAGAAGGCCGCUAAGCCCAAGAUCGCCGCCAAGUCCAUUGUCACCAUGGACGUCAAGCCCUGGGAUGACGAGACCGACAUGGGCGAGCUCGAGUCCUCCGUCCGUAGCAUCGAGAAGGACGGCCUGGUCUGGGGUGCCUCCAAGCUGGUCCCUCUCGGCUUCGGCAUCAAGAAGCUGCAGAUCAACCUGGUUGUCGAGGACGAGAAGAUCUCCCUGGAUGAGCUCCAGGAGGAGAUCCAGGAGUUCGAGGACUACGUCCAGUCCACCGAUAUCGCCGCCAUGCAGAAGCUGUAAGCUAGCGUUUGCACGUCGUCGCAUCCCUAAGCAUUUUGAAACACAAAAAAGAGAACUUUUACGCCCCAACCCACCCCGCAAAGAUGAUGAAACGAUCGCCGCCAUGAGAGGGUUUCUCUCGACUUGAUGUCACGAUUAAUGGAGGAAAAGACGCAUCAUUGUGAAAAAAGAGGGACAUGGCUUCUGCAAGGUAGAGGAAAGGACAAAAGGCGGGGAGGUAUAAAGACGAGAUUCGCGAAAAGAGAAAGCAGGAAUGACGUAUGCUCUCCCUUGUCGCCCCUCUACUGUCUCCCCCUUUUGUUCGUUUGUCUAUACGGAAGGUCUCCCAGUUCCGCUUCUGCCUCCUCUUGUGCAUGUUAUUGAUGAUUGAAACCCGAGCGAGAGGGGCUCAUAGUGCCGGUGGUAGUGGCCUAUGCGAUUCGAAACGAUUGCGUGGCGGCUUCUGUCAAGUGAAGAGUAACGGCUAAUAGGCUGGCUGAGUCGCUGGUUUGCGCGCAAGUCUCAUCUGCCUCUCCCCGUGAAUACGACCGACUCUUUUCUCCU